AUGGCUUCCAUGCAGAAACGUCGACAAGAUGAGAAAAAUAUUGAUUAUUUGCCCGAAGAAUUGUUGUCCGGAGUUUUGCAAAAGCUUGAUGCAUCGAUGGUCCCAAUUUGUCGAAGUGUGAGAACUUCAUGGAACGAAAAGCUUCAAGACCCCGACUUUUUGAAAAUCUUGCGGAGGUCUCACAAGGAGAUGUCACGCAACAAUAUUUUGAUGGUAUGCCAGUCAACCGAACCUACAACACAGCCAAACAUGAUGAAAUUUAAUGCAUUCGAUUUAAUGGGUAAGGACUCAAGAGUGCUGAGCAGAAACUACAAUAAAACCGUUGCAGUAACAGGUGCGCAUAAAGUGCUGCCAAUAACCUCUGAUCUAAUUUGUGUCAAAUUUCUCGCUUCUUUGUCCAUAUUAAACCCCACUUCUGGUGAAAAUGUUGAAGUUAAUCUAGAUAAUGCACCUAUAUGGCAUGCAAAUUGGGAAGCUGUUUUCGGUUUUAGUGAUGAGUUAGGGGAAUAUGUUUUGAUAGCGUUGGAAAUCCAGUCUGAUCUUAAUAUGCACGGUAAGAUAAUACGUUGGGAUAUGAAUCAAAAGUUUUCUAAUACAGUUGUUGUUUGGAAAGAUAUUCAGCAACUUUGCCCUCGUGUUGUGGAACAAGGAAUUCUGGUCGGUAGUCACGUAUUUUGGCCCAUCGAUAAAAUGUUAAAAUCACAACUUGAUGGAUAUAAGUGUGAAGGAAUAAUAGUGUUGUAUUCUAUAGAAAAUGAAAAUUUUCAUGUUUUGCCUGGUCCGACCGAAGCAAAAUGGAACAACGAUCCACGUUCUUCUCAUAGGAUGAUAAUCCUACUAGACUUCAAAGGUAGAUUAUGUGUCACUAACCCACACUAUCUUGAACAGACAAGACAUCUUGAAUUGUGGGCAAUAGAUAUGCAAUCACCGUCUCAAUUCAAAUGGGAUAAGGUUCAUGAUCAUAAAUUGGAGUUUCAGGUUGCAAGGCCCCUUCAACCAUUUCCCAUGCCGGAUCAACAUCCAUGUACACGACAACUAUUGUUAAGCUUAAGAUCAAGCGCCGACGGAAUGCUAAUAAUUAGUGGGCCAGAUCGAGAUCAAUUAUACAUAUAUGAUACAAAGAAUAAGACCCACAGUCUUCAUAAUAAGCCUCCAAUGAUUUUGGCAUUGUAUGAAUUAUCAGUUGGUUUUUAUUGGUCACGCUUUACUCCAAUAUGA